AUGACCAGUGGCACCAUGUCGUCUUCUAAAGAUCUCGAUUCUUCCUUCGACUACAUUGUCGUGGGCGGUGGAACAGCCGGCUUGGUGGUUGCCUCUCGCCUCAGCGAGGAUGUCGACACGCGUGUUCUUGUUGUGGAGGCCGGCGCCGACAAGAGCGCUGAUCCUCUGGUCUUGACACCCGGCUUGGUAGCUGGUGUGUAUGGAAAAGACGAAUAUGACUGGAACUUCACCUCAGUUCCGCAGCCUGGCUUGAACAACAGAAGAAUCAACCAAGCCCGAGGAAAGAUGCUGGGCGGCAGCUCUGCUUUGAACUUCAUGUUGAUGUUGUAUCCGUCGAGGGGAAUUCUGGAUGCCUGGGGCGCUCUUGGUAACGCUGGCUGGAGCUUCGACGACCUCACCCCCUACUUCCGCAAGUUCGGCACCGACCACCCACCGCCCCAGUCCGCAAAGGACAUCGUAGGGCUGGACUACCACGAUGAGACUCUCAGUGGGAAAGGGCCGCUCCAAGUGUCAUUUGGCGAAGGCUACAGCCCCAUGAACGCUGCUUGGAUGAGCACGUUCGACAAGCUCGGUCUCGGCGUGACUGGGGACCCUCGCAGCGGAAAGGCCUACGGCGCUUUUCAGAACCCGUGUAGUAUCGAUCCGGAGACCAAGACGCGGAGCUUCGCGGCUAGCGCCUACUACACGCCGGAAGUUGCUAAACGAACCAACCUGGUGGUCUUGACUGAGACUCAGGUGAAGAAGAUGAUCUUUGACACCACCAAUGGCGACGUCUCUGCGACUGGCGUGCAGAUUGUCACAAAAGAUGGCGAGGAGAGGACUAUCAAGGCCAAGGCGGAAGUCAUCCUUGCUGCAGGCACUCUUCAAACACCCCAGCUGUUGGAGUUGUCCGGCAUUGGGGGGGAAGACUUGCUCAAGAGCCACGGCAUUCCUGUUCUGGUUGACAAUGCCAACGUCGGAGAGAAUCUACAGGAUCACCCUAUCGUCUGCCAGAGCUUUGAGGUCAACGACGGAGUUCCAUCGGCUGAUAUCCUCAGAGAUGGCAACAUUCUCAAUGCUGUUGUCGGUCAAUAUCAAGCGACACGCGAAGGUCCCCUAGGCCAAAGCACUAUCAGUUCUGCUUACGCACCGCUCGCUGACAACAACGGACUGUUGCCAGAAGACGCAAAGAAAUCUCUCCUCGCCACACACGAAAAGAACGCAAACUCGCCCGCCGGGAAGCUCGUGCGCUCUCUGAUCGAAACCUCGGACGAGCCGAGCAGCGAGUACCUUCUUUUCCCGUCUCAAAUCACAAUUAACGAUCAUCCGGCUAGCAUGGCCGAGUACAUUUUGCCUUCCCGACCGGAAAAUUACAUCACUGUCAUGACAGUACUCAACCAUCCGUUUUCGCGGGGAACGGUGCAUAUAACCAGUCCCGACUACAAGGUAUUGCCGACGUGGGAUCCGAAAUACAACUCGAACCCCCUCGACCUGGAGCUUUUGGCCCGCAACGUGCAGUUUGUCGAGCGGAUCGUGGGCACGGAGCCCUUUAGCGCGCUGCUCAAGCCCGGAGGCAAGCGGUUGCCCGAGUUGAAGGCGGACGACCUGGAGGACGCCAAAGAGAUUGUGCGUCAGAGACAGAUCUCCGUGUUCCAUGUUUCGGGCAGCUGUGCCAUGAUGCCGCGCGCGGAUGGGGGUGUCGUUGACGAGCGACUUCGGGUCUACGGGGCGAAGAAGCUUCGCAUUGUCGAUGCUAGCAUCUUCCCGAUUGAGCCUUUGGGCAACAUCCAAAGUACAGUUUAUGCGGUUGCCGAACGGGCAGCUGACAUCAUCAAAGAAGACAGACUGGCUGCUGAAGCCUAG